UAAAUACAAGAUUUAUACGCGGUCUAUUAGAAGGUAAAACAUGCCUGAAAUACUAAACUCAGGGUAUUAAAUUACCCACUACAUGUUGCCUCGAGUGAGUACUCUGCCAGCUGAAAUCAGUGCCACACUUUUCACCAGACUUGGUGUACUAAUUAGCCUCCUAAAUAUCACAAAACACGUCUUUUUUGUGAUUAAUUACCUCGUGUGACUCCUCCAGAAUCAAGGAAUCGCAUCCAAAGAGAUCUCGCCUUCCUCAAGGCGAAGACUGUCCUCCUCAGCUGUAUCUCUGGACUGUUACCAGCUUAAUGACAUGACCUGCAAUCAGUAACCUUCUGUAGACAUGGCUUUGAAAGUAGACGUCACUGCAGGGCCAGAUCAACAAGAAAAGAUGCAGGACGUUCCUGUGCCUGGCUGAGACACUAAUUGAGGUCAGGGCUGAUAGGUGAAUGGAGACAAGAAAGAACACCACGGCAGGGGUCCUAUUCUGGACCCCUGCCCCGGUCCGCACCUCACCCACCAGCUCUGUAAUAUCCGAGGAUGUGUUGGAGGAUGAGGAUGAAGGACAGGCACAGAAAGACGUCAACUUUUUUAGCCAGAUGGAUGAGAAUGGCAUCAUCGGACUGUCGGAGGCACUGGAGGAUGUGGAGUUGGGGCAGUCUUGUUGUGAUUCAGAUGGAGAAUCUAAUCCAAACUUGUACUCCGGAUCCCUCACCCCAGAGGACGCAGACCAUAGUGGGCAUGAGAGGGAUUCACCUGAGGAGCCGAGUUACAACCUGGGUGAACAUCUGUCCCACAACCAAUCACCAGAAGAGGAUGUACAAAUACUGUCACUAUUUGAGGACUUGAUGGGUAGAGCAGAAGAGCAGGGGAUAGAGUGCGUCCCUGAGUGGGACAAAUACUUCGACAUGACAGAGGAGGAGGAAGAUGGAGAGGAAGCGGUGAAGAGGAGUGUCAGGAACAGCAAGAAAAAUAAAGAGCUUGGAACUACGAAUGGCUUGGCUGAGAUCAGCUCUACGGGAUCUUGUAGUGGUCACCUGUUAGCCAUGGAACCUGCUAGAGCCUCCAAUCAUCACUGCCCAAUAUCCCAGCCUGCCUCACCUGUCACAGCCCCCACUUUCCCCCACCUUCUCCACUUCACUGCUGAGGAAAUAGCUGCUGCUCAGGGGAUUGACGCUGAACCCUUUCCGGAGAUGAGCUGCACAGAAAGUCUUCCAGAAUCACACAGGAGCCACAUAAGCCUCAAGUCCAGUCCCCGUUGUCCUGAGGUAAAGCUCAGGGCUUCUCUUCAGCCAGCAGCUAUGUUUUCAGAAGCAGUUGUGUCAAAUCAUUACAGCGGAGCAAGUAAUGGGCCUUUAAAGGCAUCAGAUAAGUCUGAUAAGCCUCAUAAAAAGCCCAGUCCCUCACCAAGGAAGUUGAAGCAGCCCUCCCCUGAAGCUACAUAUUCAAGGACUUGUUCCCUCAGCACAGCCAAGGCGGACCCCUUAAAAUUCAAACAUCAGAGCCCAGGUCCUGACAUAGAGCCGAGGACACCCAGAGCCAGGAGUGCUGCUGCUGAAGUGGAUGAAUCCAGAAAAGAGCCUCUGAGUUACCGCACGCCAGACUUCUCCAAGGUGGAGCCCAGGGUCCAUUUCCCCAAAGGUGGUUACAAGCCCCCCAAGAGCAGGCACUCUUCCAAGAGGGAGUCCCUGUCACCUGAGCCCCCCUUAGUGUUUAAAUCCCCUGCUGACAUUGUGAAAGAAGUCCUACUGAACACCACCGAUUGGUCUCCUGCCUCAUCAGACUCUUACAAACCACUAACAGGUGCCCCCAACUCCACUGUGCCUCAGGAGUUCAGAUGCCGCCAGCAGGCCACCACACUGCUCGAACAACUACAGGACGACUACAACAGACUGCUGACUAAGUACGCAGAGGCAGAGAACACCAUUGAUCGCCUGCGCCUCGAAGCCAAGGACGGACCCAUAGAGAACCAAGAGCCCAGCCAUUGUCAGCACAUCACAGACCGAGGCAGAGCAGUGAACCUGUACUCUGACCCUCCAAAGCCCGGCCACUUGGUGCAGUCCGGACCGAACCAGAACACUACAAAGAUCAUGAUGCUGGAUUUUCCUCAGGCUCAGAGAGCAAAGAUCAACUCAGCCUCUCUUCAUCCAAACGAACACAGCACUCCUCAGAGAAGUUCAUCUGCCUGUCCUUCUACAAGAAGCCCAGACCCUCAGGUAGGACAGCAGCUGGCCAAGAUUCUCUACAUUCAGGCCGACAAGUUCCUCAAGCAGCUGCAGACUUUUGACGAUCUCCUAAAGAGCAAAAGACUCAAACCUUUUGAACAGAUGAAGGGUCUCUCACAGCUUGCUGAGGGCCUCGACUCUUUAGAAAGGGGCUACCUGUUAGCGAGGGAUGAGCACAAACUCCUGCAGCAGCGAGGGGCAGAUAUCAGCCACUUUGACCCUAAACGGGAGCUGGAAGGACUGAUCUUUCAGUGCGGGCUGCGUAUGGAGGAGCUGAAGGAGCAGGGGGAGCAGAUGCAACAGGAGCAGCCUACCUGUGAGGCUCCUCCCUCUCCCCCUCGUCAACCCACCCCUUUAUCUGUACCCUCUGAGGGGGGAGAAACUCUGAAUCACCCACAGAGUCCACCUGUGCCUUUGCUAGUUGAUCCAGGAGAAGCAGCGGCUAUUGAGGUGAGCUCAGCCAGUGAAGAGAGUGACGAAGGGGAGGAAACUCUGAAUCCUCUCUACUUCAAACGUCUGAAUGGCAAACACAGACAUCUUGAUCAAGACUUCACCACGCUAAUGGAUCACUACCAAAGCUUCAGGGAGCUUCCCAAACUUUUAGACCAUAGCCAGAGGGAAGGAGCUCCCCUUUCUGUUGCCUUAAGAAGCGACAUGCAGCCUGGGGACGAGGAGGAAGAGAGACAGGGUCACGGAACUGGAAACCUGGAAGUGCAGAAAAGUCUUCCGCAGAGGAAAGCAAAGUCAGACCAUCAGGACUCUCCUCCUGUCUGCACCAGCAAACAGCAGACCAGCAGGGCCAGUCCUCCUUCACGCAGGGCCUCCAGCCAGUCCACCACAACCCCCGUUCAUCCUCCAAGUAGCAAAAGGAGGUUAAAUGUGGGAAAGUCCCACAGCAGCAGUCUGAGCAGUCUGGGAGAGAUUACUACAUUGGAAAGGAGGAACUCCAAACUCCAAACUGGGAGCAGCAGAGUGCUUUCUCAGGAUGGGAUCAUCUCUCCGGAGACGGACAGUGGGUUUGUCUGUUCAGAGAGCAGCCGUCUGACUCCGGCAGCAGCUCCCAGUCCUCUCCACCAGAGGGCCUCAAAGAGUGUUUCAGUGCCUCAGGAGAGGAACCCAGGGAAGCCUCAAAUAAUCCCAGUCUCAGCACCAUCUCCUGCUUCUUCACCGUCACACAGUCGCACGGUUAUAGAGCCCAGAAGGGGCCUCCAGCUCAGCCACGACCAGCCGAGGAGAACGAGACACGGGCCGAGGAGACGCACUUCCUCCUGCUCUCCACAGCGCCGCAUCCACCAGUCAGAACAAACCAGGGCCGACAGUGAGACCAGCGGGUUUGGGCUGGACAGUGACAGCUCUCUCACUGUGUCUGAAGACAGACUGAAUGACCAGUACACGGAAUCUAUCAAUUCCCUCCACAACUCCAGCCCAAGCUCCUCCCCCGCUGCACAGCAUCACCAUGGCGAUUCCCUCAGAGCACUGCGCUCCAGUCAGGUGGCCAAUCGCAAUGCUGCCAUCCAGACGCUGCAUGUCGAGGUGACCAGACUGAGGGAGAAACUAGAAAGCUGUCUGAGAAAUAAGAAGCCGCCGAGCUCUGUGAGAGCAGCUCCUUCAGCUCAGGAGAACUACGCUCACCAAAACACCUCUAUACCUCGUGGCAGGUCUGGGGAGCGGCGGGGUGGCGUCAGCGGGAGAGACAGACAGACGGGUGAUGAGGUUGAUUAUUCUACACUGAGACGAACAACCAGGAGAUCACCUUCUGCACACAGACAAACACCUCAACCUGACAUCUUGACGGGUUCAGAUCUCUCUACACCCCAGCCUUAUCCUCUGGUGUCCAGGUGUACUCAAACAUCCACUGCAGCACCAGAGAGCUGCUGUUCACACACAAAUACUGUCCGCAGCAGAACACCCCAAAGGCAGCAUCCUGGUGUGUCUGUACAAUUGUCUCAAACAGCAGCUAAGCCUGACAGCAGAGGGCGUCGAGCUCCUCUUUGUCCUCAGUGUUUAUCACGUUACCGAGGGCGACCUGAAGUGCCAGUGGGUGGCGUCAGAAAGCCGACCCGCUGUCGUCACUGUCCUCUCUGUGGACGCCCUGCACCCUACAGAAGCACUGAGCCAGACUGUCGCAGAGUCUCAGACUCCCCCACACACUCUAGCUGCCAACCAGCCGAGGCCCCGGACAGCGCUGUGAGGAACAGACACUUUGCAGCCACAGCUCCUCCUGCAUUGCUGCAGUGCAUGCCCGUGUGCCUGCCACCACUCCUGCUGUACUCAUCGCCCCUCUACGUGCCUCCCAACAACAACACCGGCUCAUCCUCAGGGGUCAGAGGUCGCAGGAAGGUGAGGACGAGACGCUCCCUGUCCGCUGGCGAGCUGCGCUCCACGGACACCUCUCUGAACAGAGCUAUCAAAGCAGCUCGACACAUGAAACACACCUCUGGACACAUGGCUAGCUCUCUGGCUACUGGACUGAACUACCAGGAGCUGCUGGCUCAGUCCUGCAGUUAACAUUAACCUGAGGCUGUCAACACAGCCAGGAGCUGGACGGAGCGAGUGCAAGACCAGGUGAAUAAAUAAUCUAAAAUCCAUCUCUUCUUUGUAACUUUUCUUUAGUUCCUACGUUAGGAGAAAAAAAACUGUUACUGAAGCUUUGUUUACUGCCUUUUUAUAAAGCGUAAUUUUAUGGCAUAAUUUAAAGGUGCUCUAUAUGACAUUCAGAGCAUUAAUAUAGCAGCAAACGACUAUUGUCUACCUGAGCAGAGAAUGAAGUCUCUCACCCUCUGUGUGUGUUGUAAGCCGAGCUUCUCCGUGCUUUGCUGACAUAGCCAGUACGUAUGUCCCAGUGUGUUUGCCACACUGGCUAGCUAAUCGCCGCUGCUCUGCACUGCUCUUAUAGAGCGGUUAUAGCUGAUAACGCCAUCCCAACCCAUGUCGUUGUUGCGUAAGAGUAGCGCCCACCCUCCGGUUCCCCCUCAGGUUAACACUGUCAACACUGUUGCCAUUAUUUGCACUGUUAACACUGUUAGAUGCGUGUUGAGAGCCGUGUGGAGGCAAUCCCUCAACCAUAGAUUUGCUCUGAAUUCCGUAUAGAGCUCCUUUAAGGCUUAGGUGGCCAAACAAGAAUUUGUUUCUUUAGCAGUCAUAAUAAUAAUUUCAAAAGAUGUGCUGGCAUACAUUGAAAUGACAUACUUUCUAAAAUAAUGUAGGUCAGUUUAAUUAAAAAUGUUGAUUUUCAAGGAGUUAGUUUAUUCUUCGUCAUGAGUUAAUAGUUAAUUUGAGCUAUUUAUUGAUCAUGUGACUGUCUUCAUUAAUCAUGUGGUUUUUUUAAAAAAUAUUUUCUAGUUGUAGAAAUCUAAUAAGUUCAGUGUUAUUUUAGUUGCUGUAUAAGCUGUUUUUUCCUCAUUGAUACAGUAGCAUGCUGCGCUGUAAAUGAAAUGCACUCGCUCAUUGCACCUGUUGUGAGUUAUUUCUGGAUGGUCCUACAAAGGGACCACCAUGGAUCUAUUUUGUAAAUGGUCGUGUGGACCUGAGAUGCUGGAUAUCCUCAAAAUUAGCCCGCUUCUAUGUUGAAGUUUUAGAAUAGAAUUUGUACAGUAUUUUAUCAUAACUUUGCAAGUGUAACUGUAUGAGCCAGACGAGUAAGUCUACUGUAACUGACCAGCUUUAUGUGGA